AGCUAACCUAAGUGCCAUAUGAGUCUGACAUCCAAAUAAUAUCUGCACGUCAGAUAAAAUGUGUGAAAUGUCGUGUCUGCUUUCCAAUACUGUACUGUUGACCGGGGUUAUGUAGGUAAACAAACAUCUCUUAUGAUAUUUUGCACGUUCAUACGGUUGAUCAGAAUGUAUAGCGUUAACGUUACAUGUGAGCCAACCAACGUUUGAUAUGUUGGAUUGUCAUACCAAUACUAGCACAUAGCUAGCGAGCUAUCAGUGACAGGUUGCUUGCUACAGAGAUGCCCUUUUAGGCAAUUCUGGUUUGACGUCAUAAAGUUACCAGUGGGCCUAAAUUUGGUCAGCUAGCCACCUUUCCAUUCUGAAAACCACCUGGCCCACGAACUAUCAGUAGUAAUAUGCCAUUGAUCCAGUAUAGGGGGUGUCACGGUUUGGUCUGUGUUAAGGCCCUGGCUUCCACUCAAGCCUUAAUCAGCCAUUUAAGAAGAAAUGUAGAAAUGUGGUUAAAUGUUGCAGUGUUACAGAUGCUGCAUGCUUCAUUUACUUGACCCAGGCCCUGAGGCUAUGUGAACUUGCAUGACUUGAGAUAGCAGUACAGAAGGACAGCAGAGGAAUCAGUCUACUUAAAAUGCUAACACCUACUUGAAAAAUAUAAAUAAUUGUUGAGUGUGAGGCUAGUAAGUUGCAUGUACCCUUGCGAUGCUGAGAAGUAUUUUGUGUCAGACAUGUGGCAGCUGUGCUUCACUAUUGUUUUGCUUGAAUAACCUUAAAAUAAUAUUGCAGUCUUAUUUUUGUGAAGAUGUGUAACACACAAAGUAGAGAGUAGCUUACUGGAUGCAUAUUAAAUAAUUGACAAUUGAUGUAAAGUCAGAAAUGCACAGAGACUGGGGUACAAAUGUUAGGCCUACCUUAGCAAGUCUUCAAUUAACAUUAAAGUCUCACUAUGCUUCAUAUACAUUUUUGCGAUCACCAUUCAUGAUAAGAAAUGUGUUACAUUAGGUUAUGAAAAAGGUACAAAAAAUAUAAUUUUUGAUAAGCUGUCAUGUAUUUGUAUAGAUCAGUAGGCUAUACUGUAAAUUGUUUCAGGAUGAUGUUUUAAAAUGUCUUGUGUAUUAAGGGAUGUUUUCAGUUGUAGUGUAUGCUAGUUCCUCUCAGGUUUUUCAAUGGGCCAUCUCAAAGAGGGAGAGGCUUAUGUGUGUGUUCUGGACUGAUACCAUAGAUAGAUGGCUGAUGGUUGUAACGCAAGUAACACAAGCUGCUAAUUUUGCUUUCUGUGCUAAAUAAUAUCUGGUCACAACUCAGAGUGUGUGUACAUGUGUUUAUUCUUUGAAUGCUAACCAGGGGUAGUUUUGGAAUAAAGUAGAAUAAUGAUUCUAAUAUGAAAUAUGCCUAGGUCUAUAAAUUAAAAUACAUGCAAUAGCAUGGCUAAGUCAUGUAAACAAUAAUAAUUAGGUGGGUCGAAUAUUUUGGAGAUGCUGAUGGAUGUUCUCUCUCUUUCUCCCUCUCAGUUCUCUGAUUUUAUUGAUAAGAAAUUAAUGUUAGAAGAAACAGUUUAUUUAAUCUGAUAAUGUUCCUGUUAGCGUCCGCGUUCCCGUUCCUGUUAUUUUGUGAUUAAAAAUACUCCAAUCACAUAAAUCUACCCAGAUACCAGGCUGAUCCUUUUCCACUCAGCCUAUCCCUGGGAGGUUAUUUUGCUUAUUAUCACUUGUCAAAUGUUAUUGAUAUAACAGUACAACUGGGGGUUGCAUUACUUUGACGUUAAAAUGGAGACCAGGUUAGACUAUGUUUUUGUAUUUUUAUUUACAUUUUCCAUACUCAUUUCACAUGCUCAUAUCCGAAGCAACAAUUAGUAUAGGCCUACAUUUUUACAGUUUUUCUCAGCCACUUUGGUGCAUUUGUCAGAUCGGAAUGGAAAUUAUCAAAACUGCUUGUUCAAACUCCCUAUAUCAUCUUGUCACUUGUGCGCAUCAUAAAAGCAAUUUCUCCCAAUCUUUAACAAACACCAAGUGCUUUAGUACAUCUAUGCAACCAAUUGUGUAUAAAUGUCUGCUGUGGUUAUUCCUAGCUACAGUAUAUGGUCUCCUUUGCACUGUAGCUUAAAUGUUAUUGUAUUGCUGUAGCUCUGUAGCUUAAAUGGUAUUGUAUUGCUGUAGCUGUAGCUCUGUAGCUUAAAUGUUAUUCUAUCUCUGUAAGUCACUUUGGAUCAGCUAAAUGAAUACAUGUAAAUGUCUGCUGUUUUUUACAUUUCCAAUAUCAUGUUGGUCAAAAUGCACUAUACUGGUUCCAUGUGGAAUGGUCUUACCCCAUAAAACAAAUAGGCCUUACUUGAUUGCUUGAGUCAUUACAUUCAAAACUAGUUGUCAUAGUUUGUCGAGCACAUUUCAUACAUUUCAGUCCCAGCAGACAGGGACGUAAACAAGAUGUAUGGAAAGGCCUAUACAGUAAAUCUUUAUAGUGGUGCACAGUUCUGCCCAAGGUGUGUUUCUUAUGUGUUGUGGUAAAUUUGUCAUUUUUCUUUGCACAUGUCAAAGCCUAUAACUGUAACAAUGUCUGUCAACAGCUUGCCAUACGAACAGUAGAGUAUUGUAAAAACUUUUAAACUUAUCCAGUUUCUUGCAAUCAAUCCCGACACACAUUAAUGUCUAAAUUUGUCAUUUUGAAAUUGCUAUGCCACACAGAACAUAGUGUUUUGUGCAUUUUUGGUCGAAAAUACUUGCAGAAUAAACCGGCAGAAUAAACUGACAGUUUCAUUGGAAUAAAUACUUGCUUUUGAGACAAAUAUUUUGAGCAAGAUACUCACUUUUGCCGGUAAACCACUAUUUGGUGCAGUUUGCACUAAUUGGUUUGAGACAAAUUGUUGUCUCAAAAAUAGAAAAUGCACCAAAGCGACUGAGAAAAACUGUAAUCAGCAUUUUGCUCUCUCGGUACUGACCUAAUGACAGUGUCUAAGCCAAAGAUUGUUCUAGUCUAUUUACCUAAAGAUUAAAGAAUGGUUCAUUUUUAUGAUUUUUAGUUGCAGUGUUGCAGACAGAGUUGUAUUUCUGGAACAUGGGGCUCAGCAGCAUAUCUAGCUUAAUCUUUAUGUUUAGUUCAUCAGAACUAAUUAUCCUGUAGUGAAAAGGAAAAAAAAUGUGCAUUAUCAUUAUCCGGAAGCACAACCAACCACGCGCGUAUGGUUAACUGAAGAGUCUUGCAAAUAGGCCUAGGCCUACAUCAAAACAGGAAGUGUGCGCCGUUCAGACUAGGCCACUUGCAGCUUCUAUUCAUUGCUUUGGUGGAAGCACUCCUGGAAGAGCGUGAGUUCAUGGCCCAAGGGAAAGAUCCAAACUUUGGCCAGUCGGUGGGCACUAACACGGCUCUCCAAAAGCUAGAUGUGUUGGCAAGCCGCUUUUUUAAGUACCGGAAGGGAAGCCAAGAACAAAAAUCGCAAGAAAAUGAAGGACCUCUUUUCUCAGAGUACACCGUGAGUUGGGACAGAGCAAAACUGUUUGUGAAAGAGUUCUUAGCCAAAGCCAAAGAAGACUUUUUAAAGAAAUGGGAAUGUCCACCCCAGAGCACAACACGACUCGAUGACUUUGACAGACUGAAAACUCUUGGCACAGGCUCCUUCGGACGCGUUAUGCUGGUGAAGCAUCGCGCUACAGACAAGUACUAUGCAAUGAAGAUUCUGGACAAACAGAAAGUGGUGAAGUUGAAGCAGAUAGAGCACACCUUAAAUGAAAAGAAAAUAUUGCAAGCAGUGUCCUUCCCAUUUCUUGUAAGACUGGAGUAUUCCUUCAAGGACAACUCCAAUUUGUACAUGGUGAUGGAGUAUGUUCCAGGUGGGGAAAUGUUCUCACACUUGAGGCGAAUUGGAAGGUUCAGUGAACACCAUGCCAGGUUUUAUGCAGCACAGAUAGUCCUUACGUUUGAGUACCUCCACUCGUUAGACCUCAUCUAUAGAGACCUGAAACCUGAAAACCUUCUCAUCGACCAACAAGGAUACAUUCAGGUCACAGACUUUGGUUUUGCCAAAAGAGUAAAAGGUAGAACCUGGACCUUGUGUGGGACUCCAGAGUACCUGGCCCCAGAAAUCAUCCUUAGCAAGGGCUACAAUAAAGCUGUGGAUUGGUGGGCAUUGGGUGUUCUGAUCUAUGAAAUGGCAGCAGGAUACCCACCCUUCUUUGCUGACCAGCCCAUUCAGAUCUAUGAGAAAAUUGUGUCCGGCAAGGUACGAUUCCCAUCCCACUUUAGUUCAGACCUGAAGGACCUGCUUCGGAACCUGCUUCAGGUGGACCUGACAAAGCGCUUUGGAAACCUGAAGAACGGAGUCAACGACAUCAAAAACCACAAGUGGUUUUCAACAACUGAUUGGAUUGCCAUCUAUGAGAGGAAGGUGGAGGCCCCCAUUAUACCAAAGUGCCGAGGACCAGGGGACACCAGCAACUUUGACGACUAUGAGGAGGAGGACAUUCGUAUCUCAGAUACUGAAAAAUGUGCUAAGGAAUUCCUUGAAUUUUAAAAUUUAAGAAUGAGCAGGACUCCAUUGGAAUUUGAGGUAUUUUGAUUUUGUUUAAUUUUGUUUUUAUGUUAGUUUAAUUUUAUUUUAUGUCAAGAUCAAGUUGAGACCAUCAUAUAUAUGUUCAGACAUAUGCCUACUUCCUUCAUUCCAUAAGGCUGAAUGAGAUCUUCAAUGCAAAGAUCUUUGUGUGGAUUUUGCACAGCCUAAUACCCAGGCAUAUUACGGAGAAGCUAACCUGGCUGCAACAGAAAUCUGUCUUUUUAUUGCUUUUUCAUAGUCAUACCCAGUGGUAUUAUUAACCCCUUGAGAGAAAAAUAAGUAAUUGAAAUAGACACUGCAUCUAUGAACCACUCGAAUGAAAUGAUGCACAUGUGGCUUUCUGUUUUUGAAAUAACUUCACUUACAGCAUGGUGGUGCACAUGUUUUGAUGGGAAAUUGUAGUACAGAUUGUUUGUUUUCCAGCAUCAGUUGCCUGUUACAUAGUAGUAUUUUUUUUUUAUUAUUAUUAUUUUUUUUUUUAUAUAUAUUUUAUUAUUUUUGUUUGCACUUGUUACAGGACCAUCUGUCACAUUACCUUUAUUAUCAUUUUGCACUUUAUGUUUGUGUGUAUGUGUAUAGGUGUGUCUGUUGUAGGGGUGUAGUUUAUUAGAAGUUCCACAGUUCUAUAGUAUUACAGUACUUGAGCCAUUCUACUGGGCAUUUAAAAGAUGGGAUUUAUCAUGAUAUAUUAACUUAUUCAAUCAAAAUACUCUCCCAGUUUUUAAGCUAAUGAGAUUCACUCUGUUUAUGAUUCUGACAUUCUAUUACUACUAUCAGCAGGUUCACAUUUCAACAUACAUUUAAAACAGUCAAAAUGAACUAGAAAAGACUGAUACUGAGCAUCUGUAUAAUAUAACAAAAAGCAUUUGCGAUAAUGUAUUGUAUUAUUUUUCUCCAUUAUCCCAAAGGUCUGUGUUUUAUGUCUGUGGUGUGGAGUGUAGAUUAUGACCAAAAGUGAAAAAUAAUACACUUGAAUGAAGGAGUUUUCAGUCACACGCAGCUAAUUUCAUACCCUUUUCCUGACGUAUUCUACUUCUUAAGCACUGUACAGAACCCCCACACCCCCCUCCCCUCUCCCCUCACAGACCAGAAUCAUAUCAGUGAGAUAAUCCCUCAUGUGCACAUGUGCUUCUCCUGUCAUCCACAGGGUGGGAGUUUUCAGAGCAGACUCAUUAGCUAUGAUAAGAUAUCGUAGCGCAAAAAUUGACUUUUAUUUUGACAGGAAUGUCAAAUGUCAUUAAAAGUCUCUUAGUUUCCUCCAAAGAUGUUUUGGGGCUUGUUAUAUAUGUAUACAAUAUGUGGUAGAGCAGAUAUGCUAAGGCACACACACACACUCCCGUCCUGGUCUUCUUCCAACUGCAACAUUAUGUACUUAAAGAAAUUUGAGGGCAAGUGACCUUGCAUAGCUGAGUUUUCAUUUUGAUUUUAGUCUGUUAAUGUUGAAUCAUUUCAGUUUUUAAAUGUUUCGAUAUCUAAUAAAUGUACAUUUUUGCAGUCAUGGUGUAUUUAAUUUCACCAUCAAGCUGUUUACUUGCAGCACUGUAAGUAAGCAAAGUAUGUUGUCAGUAAUCAUCAGAAAAAUGUGAGAUUUUUUUUUUUAUUCAUUUCAAAUGCCUAAUUUCAGUUACUUUUUUUGACUGACCUCUGUAAUUAAGUAAUGCCACCUGGUAACCUAGCGCUGUCCCGAAAAAAAACUAUACCCACAUUACCCUCUUCACCGCUUUGUUUUUUCUCUUACAAAAUGGCUUCUGUUAGAAAACGAUCAGUUUCCUUUUGUAUAAACUUGAACUGAAAUCUGAAUCUGGGGCUGGAUUCUCAAAGUACUUGUGGAAAUUGUAAGCCCUCCAGUUCCUGCUACAGGGGGGACUCCAGUGUUUUCCAAUAUUUUGGGUGCAUCUUGAGAUGUCAUUGGUACUGUCUGUGGUCAUAAAAAGUGGGUUUAUGUGUCAGCUGGCAUGUUAUUGUGACAAAAUAGGCCUUGUCCAUAUACUGCUGAAUAGUUGCUGCAGGAGUCUUAAAUGCUCUAACUAUCAAACAAAAAAUGGAUGACAAUUCAAGAUGAACAUUAGUACAGUGUAUUCCAUAUAGUUUUGUGAGUAGCUGAUUUGUGUUUUUGGAAUAAAUCAUGUAAUUACAGGGAAUCUGAGACUAACGUUUGUGGAUUGUUACCAUGACUUGUCAUCUGUCACAUACUGUAAACCCACAUAACCUUUAUUUCUCAUAGGCCUACAUGGUUCCUCCGUAUGUGCAUUUUCCCAAUAAAAACACAGAUGUCAAAACCA